AUAAAAUCAGACAUGUCGGUCCAAUUAGACUACAAACGAUUUCAUCGAAGAUUAAGAUAUUUAGCUUCCAAGUGGAAGACGGAUACUGAAUCAUUUCAAAAUGUUGACGCUAUUGCACUCGUCAUUGGAGACGAUGAUUUUGAAAAUCCAUAUAGAAAAUCUAUUGCGCUUCAAACAUGGUUGCUAGGUCAUCCUUUCUUCCAAACACUUUGGAUCAUCAAACCAAACCAAGUAACAGUCGUCUGUAGUCAUAAAAAGGCAGAUGCUAUUGAAACUGUUAAACAAGGCGAUAAGCAAAUACCUGUCAAUGUGAUUCGUCGUGGAAAGAACUUGGAAGAAAAUAUUGAAUUAUAUAAAUCAGUCAUUGAAGAUUUAAACAAUAAACGAGUUGGCGUAGUCGUAAAAGAUAAAUUCAGUGGCAAGAAUAUUGAAGAGUGGAAGAAAGCAUGUGAGACGUUUAAGAAAAACUAUGAAGAAAUUGAUAUAUCAACUGCGAUUGGUGUUUGUUUGGCUGAAAAGGAUGAAGAGGAAGUGAGAAACGUCAGAACAGCAGCAAAGGUCAGCUCAAAUGUGAUGCAGUAUUAUUUUGUUCCUGAAAUGUCUACUUUGAUUGACGAGGAAAAGCCAAUAACUCAUGAAAAGUUAAGCAACAAUACGGAGGAAGUAUUGGAAGAUCCAAAUAUGCUGUCUCGUAUUAAACUUCCACCAGAAGUUGAUAACGAUAAGGAUUUGGAUUGGUGCUAUACACCCAUUAUUCAGAGCGGUGGAAAAUUCGACUUGAGAUCAUCCGCAGCAUCGAAUAACGAAAAGCUUUAUCCCGGUGUCAUCAUUUGCAGUCUCGGUCUGCGUUACAAAUUUUAUUGUUCCAACAUUGGUCGUACGUUCCUCAUUGACCCUACUAAAGUACAAGAAAAGAACUAUGAAUUUUUACUUGAAGUUCAAAACAAAGUCUUGGAUUCUAUCCGUGAUGGUGUCAAGAUUAAGGAUAUCUAUCAACGCGCUAUUUCUCUCGUUCGAGCCAAGCGCCCCGAUCUUGAAAAGAACUUUACCAAAAACGUUGGAUUUGGCAUGGGUAUUGAAUUCCGUGAAGCAAAUUAUGUACUGAACGCCAAAAACAACCGUGAAUUGAAGAACGGAAUGAUCAUUAAUGUUCAAGUCGGAUUCUCUGAUCUUGUUAAUCCCAAGGCAAAGGAUGACCGUGGUAAGACCUACGCUCUCAUGUUGGUCGAUACCGUUCGUGUGACAAAUGAAGCGCCCGUAGUACUGACAGCUGACUGCAGUAAAAAGCUCAACAAGAUUUCCUACUUUUUUGAUGAAAGCGAAGAUAAGGAGAAAGAAAGCGAAAAGGUAGAAAAGGCUGCAUCUACCUCGGCUCCUUCCAAGCGUGAAUCGUCCAUCGCCAAAUCCGCCAUUCUUCGUAGCAAGUUCCGAAGCGAAGAUCAGGAAGACGAAUCCAAGGAGCAGAAGAGAAAAGAGCACCAAAAACAACUGUUUGCUCAAAAGCUAGCAGAAGGUCUAGCCAAAUAUUCCGAAUCCUCUGGAGGUGAUAAUGGUGAGGAAAAGCCCUUGUUUCGUCGAUUUGAAAGUUAUCGAUCCGACGCCAAAUUACCAAGAGACGCAAAGGGCCUCAAAAUUUCUGUGGAUCGAAAGCACGAUUCUAUCAUUUUGCCGAUCUAUGGUAUGGCAGUUCCCUUCCAUAUUUCUACACUAAAGAACGCAAGCAAGAGUGACGAAGGAGAUUUUGUGAUGCUGCGUCUCAAUUUCUUGACUCCUGGCCAAGCAGGAAGUAAGAAGGAAGAUUUUUCAUUUGAUGAUAUCAAUGCCACCUUCGUACGUGCCUUGACGUUUAGAAGUGCAGAUACACAUCGUAUGGGUGAGAUCUAUAAGGCUAUUAUGGAUAUGAAGAAAGAAGCUACCAAAAAGGAAGCCGAACGUCGUGAGAUGGCUGAUGUUGUCGAACAAGGCACAUUGAAUCUGGUCAAAGGUCGUAAACCUCUCCGUUUGUCCGAUGUCUACGUCCGUCCUUUGACAGAAUCCAAGCGAUUGCCUGGUGAGCUUGAAAUUCACCAAAACGGUUUAAAGUACCAGUCGAUUCGAUCAGACUCUUCCUUCAAUGUCCUCUUUAGCAACAUCAAGCAUUUAUUUUUCCAGCCAUGUGACAAUGAACUACUCGUCUUGAUCCAUAUCCACUUCAAGAAUCCUAUUUUGAUUGGUAAAAAGAAGACAAAGGACAUACAAUUCUACCGUGAAGCUUCUGAUAUCCAAUAUGACGAAACUGGAAACAAGCGACGUCGUCACAUGUAUGGCGAUGAAGAUGAAAUUGAAUCUGAACAAGAGGAACGUCGCCGCAGAGCACAGCUGAACAGAGAAUUUAAGCAAUUUGCAGAAAAGAUUGCCGAAGCGAGCGAUGGAGCGAUUGAACUCGAUGUUCCAUUCAGAGAACUUGGAUUCCAAGGUGUGCCGUUCAGGUCCAAUGUGCUGCUACAACCUACGACCGACUGUCUUGUCCAUUUGUCCGACCCACCUUUCCUUUGUAUUACCCUAAGUGAAGUUGAACUUGUCCAUCUUGAACGUGUCCAGUUUGGACUAAAGAAUUUUGAUAUGGUCUUUAUCUUUAAGGACUUUAACAGAGCACCUGUACAUAUUAACACGAUUCCCAUGUCACAAUUGGAUAAUGUGAAAGACUGGCUGGACUCCGUCGAGGUGGCAUUUACCGAAGGUUCGGUCAAUUUGAACUGGAGCAUGAUCAUGAAGACCAUCAAUGACGAUCCCGCCGAGUUCUUCAGAAACGGCGGUUGGUCUUCGUUCCUGGGCAGCGGUAGUGAUGAUGAAGGUUCAGGACAAGAAUCAGAAAGCGGCAGUGAAUUUGAAUUGGAAGAAGAUGAAUUUGAAGAAAGUUCUAGCGAUGAAGAAAGUGAAGUAGAUUCUUAUGCCUCUGAAGAAUCAGAAGAAGAGGAAGAAUUGACAGACUCAGGUGAAGACUGGGAUGAAUUAGAAGAAAAUGCUCGAAGAGCUGAUGAACGAAGAGCGAAAAGAAAAGGUGAAUUUGCCGAAGCACCCAUUAAAAAGAAGAAUAGACGUUAAGGGAUUCUUUUAAACAAAAAAAAUGUAUUGCAAAUAUUACGUGUUACAUAGUUUAUUUAAAUAAAAUGCAUAAAAAGAACAAAUGUGAAUUAUACUGAAUUUUAGUGGAGAAUAACAUCUUGUUUCUCAAUACAUUAUUUAAUAAAAAAAAAAAA